ACAUUUUAUAUGUUCAUGUUCGUCUUUUUUCUCUACUCCAAAGGUCCAAUCCCUCUGUCCACAUAUAUGCGCAUCUACAAGAAAGGAGACAUCGUAGACAUUAAGGGCACAGGUACCGUCCAGAAAGGUAUGCCUCAUAAAUGCUACCACGGCAAAACAGGGCGUGUCUACAACGUCACUCAGCAUGCUGUUGGCAUUAUUGUCAACAAGCAGGUCAAGGGCAAGAUUCUGGCUAAAAGGAUUAAUGUGCGCAUUGAGCAUGUGAAGCAUUCAAAGAGCAGGGACAGCUUCCUGCAGCGCGUCAAAGAGAACGAGCGCAAGAAGCUGGAGGCCAAGCAGAACGGCACCUGGGUGGAACUGAAACGCCAGCCUGCUCCUCCCCGUGAGGCUCACUUUGUCAGCACCAAGAACAACGAGCCACAGCUGCUGGAGCCCAUCCCCUACGAGUUCAUGGCAUAAAGCCCUCAAAUUAAUAAAAGAUAUUUGUACACAAA